AUGCACCUUCCUGCGCGCCCUUCAAGGGACAUGUGGAAUAAAGAUUCUCACAAAAAUGGGUUCACCUCGUUACAAAAGAGAAGCGGAGUUACAUUCAAUUUCUCCAUGCGAGGUGCCAUCAGGUGUUCCUUUUUGUUUAACAAACCUGAUGGGUUCUGCGGAAAUUAUGUUCGAAGGAUGAACAGUGCUCAGAAGAAUUGCACAUCGGAAGGUAGCAACUUUAUGGCCCCGGAAAAAAAGCCCUCCGAAGGAAGAAGAAAAAAACGAGUUCUGUCCGAGGAGGCCAAACGAAGCAUGCGAGAAAAACUUAGAGUCAUUAUGCGGAGCAAAUGGAGGGAGCCAGAAUUUCGCAAAAAGAUGAUGAAGUCUUUUAAGAAGAGGGGCCUUGAACACAACAAAAAAAUAUCAGAGGCCGUGAAAAACAAAUGGAAAAAUGACAUGAAUUAUAAACAGAAAACGCUGGAUGGACAACGGAGGUACUUCAUCAAACGAUAUAAAAACAAAAAAAUAGUUGCCAUUUCAGAUAAAACGAGGGAAAAAAUAUCCAAAGCUAUGAAGCAAUACUGGGUAAACAAAAAUAAGUAUGCAAAAAGGCAAGUUAACAAUAUGCAGCACAUCCAGAAGCGGAAGAAAAAGCACAAGAAAGUUUGGGAGGAUAUUUACUCCCUUAUAUUAAAUCAGAAGGUGGGGGACUUCGGCGGCUAUCAGUCGUCUUUGCAUCACAACUUGUCGAUUAAUUUGCAGGCCGCGCUUAACUGA